AAGUACUUCUUCUCAGAUACCAAUAUUUCGCCCCUGUUUGUGUCGGAUACACAGAUGUCUCAGUUGUUGUGACGUAAUUUGAGUGUAGUGACUGAAUCUAGAAAACAGUUUCUUUUGCUUCCCUGUGCCCCAAGCAUUAUGUGCAAUGCAGGACUCCUAACAAAACAAACACACAGAGCACAGCCCUCUGUCUUCUCUUGCCGUUUCUGCAGUUUGGGAGCACAGUCCGAAAGUCGGACUCAUGUUGACCGGUCUGGCAGGGCAAAAAUGGUCAACGUGGGUUCGAAGCUGGUGACAGAACGGACUGCUACAGCACGAGCAAAGGUUUUUGUGGGACCCGAACUGAUGAAACUCAUACGAGAAAAUGGCCUGAAGGUACUUAGCGUUGCUCGCCUGGCGGGAAUUGUGGGGUCCAAGCAGACGUCCAGCCUUAUCCCUCUGUGUCAUAACAUAUCUUUAUCCUCUGUGGCUGUGGACAUUGAACUGGACUCUGCUCUCAACUGUGUGAUUAUAACUGGCACGGCAAAGUGUAGAGGGCAGACGGGCAUGGAGAUGGAAGCUCUCGCUGCUGUAUCGGUGUCUGCCUUAACAGUGUACGAUAUGUGCAAAGCUGUGAGUCAUGACAUUGUGAUAUCUGAAAUAAUGCUUCUGGCCAAAAGUGGGGGAACUAGAGGAGACUUCCACCGGACAUGAGCAUCUGUGUGGGGCAGUGAAAUAAGUUAAGUAUACCUGGUGUGAU